GGACAGCUGGGUGUGCUAAAGACGCUGAGCUGCAGUCAUCACUGACUCGCUCCAUCAUCAUCGGCUUUAACUGGAGUAAACAUUUACUGCGAUUAAAAUACAUCGAUUCUUACCAGAUUAAAGUAACAUUUACUGACCGGUUUAACUCUUCUGCACCUGAAUAACAGCGUUUUUUCACCAAGCGUCAGAAAAAGGAUCAACAAACAUGUUCUACACCUGUGGUCCCAACGAAGCCAUGGUGGUGUCAGGUUUCUGUCGUUCUCCUCCGGUGAUGAUCGCUGGAGGCCGAGUGUUUGUCUUCCCUUGCAUUCAGCAGAUACAGAGGAUUUCUCUGAACACUCUGACUCUGAAUGUGAAGAGCGAUAAGGUUUACACGCGCCAUGGGGUUCCCGUCUCUGUUACUGGCAUCGCUCAGAUGAAGAUCCAGGGCCAGAACAAGCAGAUGCUGGCUGCAGCCUGUCAGAUGUUCAUGGGGAAGUCUGAGGCUGAAAUCGCUCACAUCGCCCUGGAGACGCUGGAGGGACACCAGCGGGCCAUCAUCGCCCACCUGACUGUAGAGGAGAUCUACAAGGACAGGAAGAAGUUCUCAGAGCAGGUUUUUAAGGUGGCCUCCUCCGAUCUGGUCAACAUGGGGAUCAGCGUGGUCAGCUACACUCUCAAGGAUGUCCACGAUGAUCAGGAUUAUCUGCACUCGCUGGGAAAAGCUCGGACCGCCCAGGUCCAGAAGGACGCUCGCAUUGGAGAGGCUCUGAACAAGAGAGACGCAGUGAUCAGGGAAGCCCACGCUAUGCAGGAGAAAAUCUCGGCUCAGUACAGGAACGAGAUCGACAUGGCGAAGGCCCAACGAGACUACGAGCUGAAGAAGGCGGCCUACGACAUCGAAGUGAACACCAAAAAGGCGGAGUCAGAGAUGGCUUUUCAGCUGCAGGUUGCGAAGACGAAACAGCGCAUUGAGGAGGAGAAGAUGCAGGUCCAGGUGGUGGAGCGCACGCAGCAGAUCAUGCUGCAGGAGCAGGAGAUCACCCGCAGGGAGAAGGAGCUGGAGGCCAAGGUGAAGAAACCUGCCGAGGCCGAGCGGUACCGCCUGGAGAAACUGGCUGAGGCGCAGCGAUUGAAGAUGAUCAUGGAGGCAGAGGCUGAAGCUGAGUCUAUUAGAGUUAAAGGUGAGGCUGAGGCGUUUGCGGUCGAGGCGAAAGGUCGUGCCGAGGCGGAGCAGAUGGCGAAGAAGGCCGAAGCCUUCAGGGAGUAUAAGGAUGGAGCCAUGGUGGACAUGCUGCUGGAGAAACUGCCUCUGAUGGCAGAAGAGAUCAGCAAGCCUCUGUGUGAAGCCAACAAAGUGACCAUGGUGUCCAGUGGAGGAGGAGAAGUGGGGGCAGCCAAGCUGUCAGGGGAGGUUCUGGAAAUCAUGACCCGCCUCCCCAAAGCCGUGGAGAAGCUGACCGGAGUCAACAUCUCUCAGGUGUCUUCUCGAACAGGCUGAAGGGAAUCAGAUCAAUGAGCUUCUUGGUAGAUCUGUUCUCCGUCUGUCUUGAUUCCCUCCAUCGUAACGUCUGCUUCCUCACCUCUGACCUUCUGUGUUGCUGUUUCCCUCUGCUGGUUUGUUAUUGAUGUUGUUUGUUAACUGAGUUAAAUAUUUAAACUCCUGGUAUCACAGUUUUAGCAAAAGUCUUAAAGUACCUUUCACUUCUUCAUAUCUUGCUUCCAUAUCUUGGAAGCAAGCACAAAUUAAACAAAACUAAUUUGUUUAAUUUUCAAGCAUGAUUUGUUAGGAGAGAUGUUUUUAAAGUGAACCAGUAAUUGCACUAAAAACGUGUAUCAAUUAAACGGGUUGAUUUUUUUACUUGACAAUCUCAUUUUUUGUGGUCUUUUAAGCUGUUUCUAGCAGCAUAAUUAGCUUUAUUUUGUGGGUUUUUUUUUAAUUUUCAUAAGUUUAAAGCUGUCAAAUUGUUUCACAUAUGCACUAAACAAAAUUUAAAAAACGUUUUAUGUGUUUUGCAAAAUGGUGCAAUGUUCAAAAUGACUAAAACAAAUUAUUUGUUAGUUUAUCCCAUCAGCUUUAAUCCCAGGAUGAUUUCUUGUUCAGAAUUAAGUGAUCUAGAAAAGGAAAAACUUUCAUCUGAAAAUGUUUAGAUAUUGGACUGAGAGUCUGUUUGCCUGAAAAUAAAACCCACAGAAAUGGAAGGUGACUCAAACUUUUGCGCAGAAUAGUUUUACCUCUUUAAUUUCACAUGAAUCAUUUUAUUGUUUCUUACUAUAUAUAUAUUUCCCAUCCAAAUAUUCUGGCUUUAUUGUCUUCAGUCUCACUACUUACUGUAAUAGUAAUAGAUUUAAUGCAUCUUAUUAAUUUUAGAAAUGUCCUCCCUAAUAGAUUAAAACAUACUCACUGUGUAGCUAAUAAUUUUUGCACAUCUUCUGCCUGCUGUACGUGUUUUCAUGCCAGGCCUCCCGCUGUGUUUACCUCCAACAUGUCUGACACUGCCAGUGUCCUCUGCCUUACUGCCAAACCUCAAGUGCAUCUUAGCAUGGCCGUCUAAAACUAACAGGAAACAUCAUUACAUUAAUAUUUUUCAUAACCUGUUUCUGACAGUCUGACAAUGAUUUUUUUAAACACAUUUUAGUUUUUUAAACAGCAUAAACUAUUUAAAAAUGACAAUUAAAACUAUAAACUAAGAUAAAGUUUGUUAUGUUUAUAUGUGAAAUUAGUUUUUUGUGUUUUCUGCACUUGAUUUGUUUAAUUUUCAAGCAUGGUUUGUUAGGAGAGAUGUUUUUAAAGUGAACCAGUAAUUGCACUGAAAACGUGUAUCAGUUAAACAGGUUGAUUUUUUUGCUUGACAAUCUCAAGCUUUCAGCAAGACAGAGUUAGCCUAAAAAUGGUAAAUCUAAGCCUAAUGGUGUCCCAGGUUCCUACUGGGAUUUUUUGGUAAAGUUCUAAAACAGCUUUCAAACAGAUGGAUGCUAGAGAAAAAUAUAACAUUAUAAAAUGAACUGUAUUUUAAAUUGGCAGAGAUCUGAAUCCCAGACUCUGAACAACAGGAGGAAAAAACUGAAAAAUCUGGUCCAGAUGUGAUGCAGUGUAAUGAGAAUUGGUAGUCCUGAUUGGUUCCUUUAAUGAUUCUGUAACGUACACUAUGUUUAAUAGUUUUCUCAGGAUGGUUGCAUGCAUAUUUUUAAAAAUACCUUCAAAUUCAAAAAUUCCCAAAGGGAGAAUUAAAUCUUAUUAUUUUAAUGCAUCUAUAUCUUGAAAACACAGAUUUUCACUUUGAAUAAUCACAUUAAUCACAAAAAAUAUUCUAGCAUGCCUUAAAUCAUAAACCUGUCACUCUGUCAGCCUCUACCUCAAAUGUUGGACCGGUUGCAUGAAACACUUUAUUGGUUUAUGAUUUCAAUGCUUCAUAGGUGAGCGUAACCUGUUACGUUUCUUCUAGCACUACUUAUUGUACAGUAAUUAUAUGUAUUUGUUUAAUUUAUGUAUCAUUUAUGGAGCUGUAGGUAAAAUGUAUUCCAAGUGUUGCCGCCUCUUCUCUGUCCCCUCUGAUCCUGCUGCUUCUUUAGUUGUGUAUAAACUCUGCACUGCUGGUUACACUGCAGCCAUGUGUCCUGAAAUGGUUUUUAAGUGGUAUAAUUUAUGUAUCUGAAGACAACCACUGCUGUUUUUAUGCAUGCAUCACCACCUAUUACACUUGAAUUGUAUUGUAUUGUUAGAGACAGUGUAUGUUUGUCGCUGGGACACAGCCGGCGACCGUCACCGUGGAAAUCUUCCUCUGCUGUGUUCACAAUUGAGUCAUAUAGAAGAGACACUACAUGUGGAUUAUAUGUAAUUUAUGCAGAAUAUAUUUGAUAAAACAGUGUCCAUGUAGAAUUGUCUGUUUCACAGGUUAACUGUAGAUUACUCUACUAACCUUAACAAAGAUAAGCUCUAUUAUUAUAAAUGUAUUAAAUCUAUAGUGAGUUUAUUAAAGUUCUCUUGUAUAUGAAGCUCUGGCAAUGUUGAUAUUAGCACCUUGGUGAAUAUUAUCACUGUCAGGGCAUUGUUUGUGUUUUGUGCUUUAAUAAAUUAUACUGUUCUGUAUCCAAUAUGCUUAAUAAAUUUCCAAAGGAAAUCAA